GCAGAAGAUCCUAGAACUUACCACCAGGAUCACUGAGCUGCUGAGCGGAGAGGUUCCUAUAAGGUGUCAGGAUGUCGCUGUCUAUUUCUCCAUGGAGGAGUGGGAGUAUUUAGAAGAACACAAGGAUUUGUACAAGGACAUCAUGAUGGAGAAUCCCCAGUCCCUCACAUCACCGGAUGGAUCCAGUCAGAGAAAUCCACCAGAGAGAUGUCCCAGUCCUCCGUAUUCCCAGGACUGUCCAGAGGAGAAACCAAAUAUCCCACUGGAUCAUCAGGAAAUGUCUGGUGAAAUGACAAGUGGACUCGAAGACCUCGGAUCUGUGUCUGUGAAAGGUGAGGAUGAGACGAGAGACUCCCAUGAACAUCUCCUUUUAUAUGAAGAAGUAGAAGAUAACAAUGUCACACAAGCUAAUUCAAUAAAUGCUAAUGUACCCUUAGACCUUCACAGUGGAGAUCUAUCUACCGAUACCGUUGGUCACAAGUAUCUUUUGUCCAAUCAAUCACUGAGUCAAUCACAGAAUCAGUCUAAACAAUUUGUGCAUGAAAUAAUUGAUAAAGAUAAAAGACAACUUUCAGGUUCAGAAUGUGAAAAGUAUUUUAGUCAGAAAUCAAAACUUAUGGAGCGUCAAAGAAUUCACACACGGGAGAAGCCAUUUUCAUGUUCGGAAUGUAGGAAAUGUUUUAGUCGAAAAUCGGUUCUUAAAAAACACCAGAGAAUUCACACGGGAGAGAAGCCAUUUUCAUGUUCGGAAUGUGGGAAAUGUUUUGCAAAGAAAUCAGAUGUUGUGGAUCAUUUAAGAACUCACACAGGGGAGAAGCCGUUUUCAUGUUCGGAAUGUAGGAAAUGUUUUAGUCGAAAAUCGGUUCUUAAAAAACACCAGAGAAUUCACACGGGAGAAAAGCCAUUUUCAUGUCCUGAAUGUGGGAAAUGUUUUUGCCAGAAAUCAGGCCUUUUGGAACAUCAAAUAACUCAUACAGGGGAGAAGCCAUUUUCAUGUUCAGAAUGUGGCAAACGUUUCGGCUAUAAACCGGAUCUUGUUGAACAUCAAAGAACUCACACAGGGGAGAAACCGUUUUCAUGUCCUGAAUGUGAGAAAUGUUUUGGUCUGAAAUCAAACCUUGUGAAACAUCGAAGAAUUCACACAGGGGAGAAGCCAUUUUCAUGUUCGGAAUGUGGGAAAUGUUUUGCAAAGAAAUCAGAUGUUGUGGAUCAUCUAAGAACUCACACAGGGGAGAAGCCGUUUUCAUGUUCGGAAUGUAGGAAAUGUUUUAGUCGAAAAUCGGUUCUUAAAAAACACCAGAGAAUUCACACAGGAGAGAAGCCAUUUUCAUGUCCUGAAUGUGGGAAAUGUUUUUGCCAGAAAUCAGGCCUUUUGGAACAUCAAAUAACUCAUACAGGGGAGAAGCCAUUUUCAUGUUCAGAAUGUGGCAAACGUUUCGGCUAUAAACCGGAUCUUGUUGAACAUCAAAGAACUCACACAGGGGAGAAACCGUUUUCAUGUCCUGAAUGUGAGAAAUGUUUUAGUCAGAAAAGAAAUCUUGUGAAACAUCAAAGAAUCCACACAGGGGAGAAGCCAUUUUCAUGUUUAGAAUGUGGGAAAUGUUUUAGACUCAAGUCGAUUCUUCUUUCCCAUCAGAGAACUCACACAGCGGAGUAGCCAUUUCAUGUCCUGAAUGUGGAAAAUGUUUUGGCCAGAAAUCAGGCCUUUUGGAACAUCAAAGAACUCACAUAGGAGAGAAGGCAUUUUCAUGUUCAGAAUGUGGGAAAUGUUUUGGUCAGAAAACGGUUCUUGUUGAACAUCAGAGAACUCACAUAGGAGAGAAUCUAUUUCCGUGUGCUACUGUAGGAGAUAUUUUAGACAGAAAUCAAAUGUUAGAAAACAUCUAUAAGUUUACACAGGAAAGAGGCCAUUUUAAUGUUCUGAAUUUGCUAAAUUUUUUACACACAGAACAGGUUUUGCUGAACCUCGAAGAACUCGCACAGGUGCAACGUAAGAACUGUUGCAGGUGUUUGCUUUAUUUUAAGAACUGCUGCCUAAGGAUGCCUUUUGUUGUACAAAUAUACUCCUUGUGGUAUAGCAGAACUGUAUAGGCAGAUGUCCCCAGAAAACCAGAGGCACGCUAUUACAACACUGAUCGUUUAGACAACGCCACUAUGUCUGCAUGAUCAGUACUGUGGCUGUAACACAUACAACGCUUUCAGGAAGCCUUCAGAUCAUUUAUUUUUCUUUUUUAUUUCAUUAUGCUGUGGCCUUGUGCUAAAAUUAAAAAGAAAUCAAGUAGUUCCCUGUCAUUCUGCACUCCAUACCCCAUAAUUAAAAAAGUUAAAACAGAAUGUUAGAAUUCUUAGCUAACUUACUGAAAGGGAAAAGCUAAAGUUUUCAGACCCUUUACUCAGGAGGUAGUUGAAGCCCCUUUGGCAGCAAUUACAGCCUACAGUCUUCUUGGGGAUGAUUCUAAAAGGUUUGCACACCAGGAUUUGGGGAUUUUUUGCCAUUCUUCUCUGCAGAUUCUCUCAAGCUCUGUGAGAUUGGAUUGGGAUGUCGGUGGACAGCCAUUUUCAGGUCUCUCCAGAAAUGUUCCAUUAGGUUCAGGGUUCUGGCUGGGCCACUUAAAGACAUUUAGAAAGUUGUCCCUAAGCCGCUCCUGUGUUGUCUUGGAUGCGUGCUUAGAGUAAUUGUGUUGUUGGAAGGUGACCCAUCAAUCCCAGGCUAUGAUCCAGGGCAAAAAGUUUCCAUCUUAGUUUCAUCAAGCCAGAGAAUCUUAUUUUUCACAGUCAGACUCCUUUAGGUGUUUUUUUUUUUAACUCCAGGCAGGUAUUCAUGUGUCUUUUACGGAGGAGAGGCUGCUUUGUGGCUACUCUACCAUAAAGCCCAGAUUGGUGCAGGCUGCAGUGAUGGUUGACAUUCUUAAUGUUUCUCCCUAUCUGCCCACGGGAUUUAUUUUUUUUUUAUAGCAGAUAUGGAUAAAUGUUUCAACUCACUACAUUCCUGGUUAUACAGGUGCAUCUCAAUAAAUUAGAAUAUCAUUCAAAAGUUAAUUUUUAAGUCAUUUUACUAAUUAAGUUCAAAAAGUGAUAAAUUCUAUAUCUUACAGCUAUGUAUAUGAUAUGGCUUACAGCUAAUAAAAACCCAAAAGUUAGCAUCUCAGAAAAUUCUAAUAUUAUAUAAGACCAAAUACAAAAUUCAUAUUUUAAUACAAAAUUCUGUACUUGGUCGGGGCUCCUUUUGCAUGAAUUACUACAUCACUGCAGCAUGGCAUGGAGGCGAUCAGUCCUGUGGCACAGCUGAGAUGUUAUGGAAGAGCAGGUUGCUUUGAUAGUGUCUUUCAGCUCAUCUGCAUUGUUGGGUCUUCUGUCUCUAAUCUUCCUCUUGACAAUACCCCAUAGAUUCUCUAUGAGGUUUAGGUCAGGUGGGUUUGCUGGCCAAUCAAGCACAGUGAUACCAUGGCUACACUGACUUUGGACUUGAUAUAACAUAACGGACCUACACCAGCAGAUGACAUGACUGCCCAAACAUCACUGACUGUGGAGACCUCUAGCAGCUUGGAUUGUGGCCUCUCCACUCUUCUUCCAGACUCUGGGACCUUGAUUUCUAAAUGAAAUGCAAAAUUUACUUGCAUCUGAAAACAGGACUUUGGACCAUUGAGCAGCAGUCCAGUCCUUUUUCUCCUUAGCUAAGGUAAGACGCUUCUGACGUUGUCUCUGGUUCAUGAGUGGUUUGACUCAAGAAAUGUGACAGUUGUAGCCCAUGUCCUAGACAUGUCUGUGUGUGUUUGAUGGCUCUUGAAGCACUGACUCUAGCCGCAGUCCACUCCUUGUGAAUCUCCCCCAAAUUCUUGAAUGGCCUUUUCUUGACAUUCCUUUCAAGGCUGUAGUUAUUGCUGUUGCUUGUGCACCUUUUGAUAUCCACACUUUUCCUUCCACUCAAUUUACCAUUAAUAUGCUUGGAUACAUCACUCUGUGAACAGCCAGCUUCUUUAGCAAUGGCCUUUUGUGGAUUGCCCUCCAUGUUUAGGUUGACAAUGACUCGAGAAGUCAGCAGUCUUUCCCAUGAGUGUGUUGCCUACUGAACCAGACUGAGGUACCAAUCUUGGGAAACCUUUCUUAGGUGUUUUUUGUAUUGAUUAGAUGAUUAGAGUGUGACUCCGUGAAUCUACAAUAUUAAUUUUUCACAAUAUUCAAAUUCUCUGAAAUACUGACUUUUGGGUUUUCAUUAGCUGUAAGCCAUAAUCAUCAGCAUUAAAAUAAACGCUCGAAAAAGAUCACUGUGUGUAAUAAAUCUAUAAUAUGAGUUUCACUUUUUCAAUUGAACUACUGAAAUAAAUUAGGGUUAUCCUAGUCCAUCCUUCAUACUUCACUGUCCACUCCAGUUCAUACACUUGUGCAUAUUAAAAUUACCAUCCACAGCAACAAAAGUGGUGAAUAAAACAGACCAAUAGAGCAUCUGUUUUUAUGGAGAUGAGUGUUGGAAGUAUGUUGUGCACCAGAAGGAGCUCAGGCAGAGUAACCAUUGGAUUCUUGGUCACCUCUGUUACCAAUGCCUUCCUUCCCUAUUACUUAGUUUUGUGGGGCGACCAGCUCUAGGAAGAGUCCUGCUUGUUCCAAACUCUUUCCAUUUAAGAAUUAUUGAGGCCACUGUGUUCUUAGGAGGUUUCGGUGGAGCAGAUUUCUUUUUUUUGUACCCUUCUCCAGAUCUGUUUCCACACACAAUCCUCUCCCUGAACUCUACAGGCAGUUCUUUCCUCCUCAUGGCUUGGUAUUUGUUCUGAUAUGCAUUGUCAGCUCUGAGACCUUAUACAGACAGGACUGUGUCUUUCCAAAUAAUUUCCAAUCCACUGCAUUUACCAGAGAUGACUCCAAUUAGGGUGUAGAAACAUCUCAAAGAUGAGCCAGAGAAAUGGGAUGCCCAGAGCUAAAUGUCAAAGUCAUAGCAAAGGGUCUGAAUACUUACUGUGUAUAUCCAUACAAAAUUAUAGUUUUUCCUUUUUAAUAAAUUUGCAAAAAUUCUAAAAUUUUCUUUUCACUUUCUCAUUAUGGGGUACUGAGUGCAGAAUGAUGGGGGGAAAACUAGAUUUUUUUAAAAUAAAAUUUAUCAGAAGGCUGCAACAUAAAAUGUGAAAAAAAAAGUGAAAAGGUCUGAAGUAUUUCUAAAUGCAAUGUAGCUUCAUCUCUGCUCUAAAAACUAGUAAUCUAAAUUGUUUAACUUCUUUUAUGCCACAAACAAAGGGUUAAAGAAAAGGGGGUUAAUUUACACUUUCAUAUAACAAUACUGAAGAAUAAAUGUCUCCUUACUGAUCAGUAUUAUGGCUCAUAUUUUUAUUUUAUUUUGUGGCUCAUUUACCAUCAGUAUGACUCCACAGUACAAAAUACACGGAAGAAAACAGGCUUCGUUAUCAAAAGCUUGGCCUAAUUUACAUGAUAAUUAAAAUAAACUCUUUGGACAAUGUAAUGAAAAUCCAAUGAUGAAAAUGAAAAUCCAAACAGUAAUGAUGCUAUAGUAGAACCUGAGAUGAGCUGCUUAUGUGUAAAGUCUCCUAAUAUGUCUGUUUUGUUGCAAUUAUUACCACUGAGGUCACAAUACUUUGUGCUGGAAGUGAUUUGUCUGUGGCUUCUUGAAAUGUAGAUACAAUAAAAGAAACAGAAUGGCUCCAAGUUCUCAGUUUUUGCAAGAGUUCUCUUUGAUUCAUAGAGCGGAAGAUGAGUUGACCCCUACUGUCAGUGCAUUAUUUUGUAAUAUGGGAUCUAAGAGUGUUUUCUCAUAUAGUUACAUAGAAAAAUGUCAGAUGUCCAAGUUCUUCAAGGGAUAGAGGGAAGGGGAGUGGGAAUCGAAAUUCUGCACAUUUACAUAAGCAUUAAUAUUAUUUUGUUCUGAGAAUUAAUCUAAAGGCAGAUUUACACAUGUCGACCGACCAGGCAAUUAUCGUGGUGGGACUGUUCCAUCCUGAUAACUGCCUACUUGAUUAUGUGCAGCAAUAUCCUCCACUGUUUGGGGAUGAGUGGUGGCUACUGCUAUCGCUCAUCCUCGUACAGAUUCAUCGUUUCUGGGGAGCAGAUCA